AUGCAACAACGUGACGAAGUUCAGGUCGAAAAGGUGUUAGAACAAGAAGAAGGAGAACUUUCUCAGGAAGAAUUACCAAAUACUUCAAAUGAAAGUAGUGCACCUAACCAAAACAACAACAGAGACACCAAUACUGGGGAAGUGAGCGAAACCACACCCGCAGAGAAUAAACAACAAAUUGAUAAACCACUCUGUCGAUAUUUUGCACGCGGAAUUUGUCGUUACGGAGAAAAUUGUCGAUAUUCUCAUGAUGAUCAAGUACAACAAAAUGGACAGGGAUAUCAAAAUGGAGUUGGUGCGAUAGUGCCAAAUGUGCCAAAUGUGCCAAAUGGAAACGGGAUUAGUAGUAAUGAUUUAAAAUUUGGAGUAUUAACUCAUCCUAGAAGCUCAACUCCUUGUAGAUUUUUCGCUAAAGGUUAUUGUCGUUAUGGAGAUGAUUGCAAAUUCGCACAUAAUAGUAUUGUUAUUCCAAAUGGGAACAUUGUUCAUCAUCAUCCGCAUCCUCCUUCUCAAUUUGCUCAUUACCAACAACAACCAUAUGGUGAAUGGAGCGGGUUUCCCCCCGAUGGUGACAAUAAUGUUAUAAAACCUUGGGAUGAAGAUUCUCAAGAAGUCUUGGAUGCUAUGCAUCAACAAUCUUAUUAUUAA